UUUAAUCUAUGGUGUGACGACCAUCGCCUGAAAGCAAACCAUGUGUUGAUGAGCAUUCUCUUUAGCUCUUGCAGAGUUAGCGCUGUAGCAGUACAGUGUGGCGAGAUUAGUGUUUCCUGUGUGCAGAUUGCUGAGCUGGAAGUCUGCCAGAAGCUCAGUGAAGAGAGUUUGCCAGUUCCAAAAUAUGUCUUCCAAGAUCCUGUACAGACGAAUUCUCCUGUCACAAUCAGUGGAACCCUCUUCCCCCCCACACCCUCACAAGACGCCCACACACUCUCACACGAUAACCGAUGAAGUUUCAUCCACAACUGACAACCCUAUUAGUGUAUGUAUUGAAUCAUCCAAUCCCACACCACUUAAAGAUACCAGCACAGUAGAUACUCAAAAUGAACCAGUUACUUCCACGGACACUGCUACCACUGAAAAAAUGUCAAAAGAACAGCCAUUAUUAAUAUCUCAGGAUAAUGAAGUGGUAUCCACUAAAAUUACCCUUGGAGACACCACGGAGAUAAAAGGCGUUAUUUUCGACAUGGACGGGACACUGACUAUUCCUGUAUUAAGGUUUUCUGAAAUGAAGGAGAAAUUAGGAUUAAAACCAACAGACGAUAUUUUGCCAGUUGUGCAGAAGUUGCCUACAGAGGAGAGAGUGAGAGCAUUUGAGAUUAUUGAGGAGUUCGAGAAAGAGGGGAUGGAGAUUAUGAAGCUUCAACCUGGAGUCCUUGAGCUGUUCCAGUUCUUGGGAGAGAGGGACAUCGAGAGAGCACUCGUGACGCGUAAUGCCCGGCUACCUACCAAUGCCUUCCUCAAGAGACUGAAUGAGGAGCUGGAGGCUAAUAAAGACAAGUAUCCCUCCCUGAAACGUGACAAGCUGUUCUCCAUGAUAAUUACUCGUGAGUUUGAGCCGUGUAAGCCCCACCCAGCAGCCGUGUUUGAGGUUGUCAAGAGCUGGCAGCUGUCACCAGAGGAGGUAGUAUUUGUGGGGGAUGAUAAGACGGACAUGAUGUGCGGACUGAGGGCAGGGGUGGGAGCAAGUGAUGAGCUGAAGGAGGUGAUCACUAAGGCUCUCAAUGGCAGCCUCAGAUACCUACAGUGUGUGAUUGAGAAUGAAUCUCUUGUGCCUAAGAAUUCAUCAGCCCCCAAUGGAUCGUGGGAUGAAGACAUGGACAGGAUGCUCUCUCCCCUCUUAACGGACAAAGAUCCCUGUUACAUCUUCUUCAGACUGGACGAUAGAAAUGUGCAGAAGAACUACCUGUGGGUGUUCAUGAGCUACAUCCCUGAUUAUGCAGUGGUGAAGGACAAGAUGCUGUACGCUGCCACUAAAGCCACAGUCAAGAAGAGCUUCUCCUCUGGACUGAUAGACGUAGACAUUGCUGCCACACACAAGGACGAGCUCACGCUGGAGGGAUAUCGCAAACACCUGGAGAGUGAGAAGGCGGAACCUCCGCUCACUGAUGCCGAGAGGGAACUCAAGGAAAUGCACGAAGCUGAGGGUCAUGAUGGUAUUGGUACAACGUCACGUCAGUCCCACCUCCACGGGAUUGCAUUCCCCAUUCUACCCAGGGCAGCUGAGGCCCUGCAAGCAAUGGCCAGGAAUGAACUCGUCUAUAUACAGCUUUCUGUAGACAUCAAGAAUGAAAAGAUCGAUCUUGAGAGCACAGAGGUUUCAUUGGACGCUGACUCUCUCCCCUCCCAUGUCCCAGACACCUCCCCCCGCUAUCAUCUCUACCGGUACUUUCAUCGCUACAAUGGAGACGACCAGGAAUCUGUCGUGUUUGUGUACUCCUGCCCCGGGUUCAAGAGCAGUGUCAAGGAGAGGAUGCUCUACUCCUCCUCCAAAGAGCCGGUCGUCUGCGCCAUUGAAGGAGACUUUGGCAUCAACAUUGAGAAGAAGCUUGAGAUUGACAGUGGCACUGAACUGAGUGCAGCUAUUCUAAUGGAGGAGCUCCAUCCCCAACAGACUGCCUACCGCCCCAAGUUCAACAAACCAGCACCACCUGCUAACAGAAGAAAGGCGGGAAGACAAAACAAUAGAAACGGAGACCAAAACUAGCUAGCUGUAAUUUCUUCCAAUAUAGCUUCUAAAUCUAGUAUGUACGGAUUUGUGUGUUUUGAAGUCUUUAGUUUGUCGUUUCACUUAGUUUAUGGUUUUUUUUAGUUCUCUUGAUUCUGUGAGUUUCAUAUUUUAUUAUUUAUGCUCACAGUAGAUGUGUGUGUGAAUUGCACUAUCUCUGUAUAAUUAUAAGAAUUUGUAACAA